GACUAGUUUGUGAAUAGGCGGGUAGUGUAAAUAAUCUUAAAAGAUGGCGGUGCUAGCAGCCGCACAAUUGCUAGACGAGCUGAUGGGCAGACAUCGCAACAGUAACCCCAAUGAAAAAAUUAAGAAACCUAACUGGGAAGAUCCCGAGUACUGUAAAUAUUAUAUGGUGAAAUUCUGUCCCCACGAUUUAUUCGUCAACACAAGAGCUGACCUCGGUGCGUGCCCCAAAGUCCACGACGAUGAGGUCAAAGACCUGUUUGAGAGGGCAGAUUCAACUUAUAAGAAGGCACAGUAUGUUGAGGAGUUCCUUAGAUUUUGCCGACACAUGAUCGGCGAUGUAGAGAGAAAAAUUCAGAAAGGCAAACAAAGAUUGGAAUUGAUGAACUCAAAACCAGAAGGACCACCAAUGACACCAGCUCAAACUGAAAAAAAUCAGGAACAGGUAAAACUUCUUGCUGAAAAAAUCACAGGUUUAAUGCAAGAAGCAGAGGAGGCUGGGACACGAGGAGAUGUGGAACAGGCUCAAGGACUGAUGAAACUGUGUGACAGACUUAAGGAAGAAAAAGAGCAGCUAAUUAAGCAACAGGAAAACAGCCACUGGUCCAUGACAGCAGAGCUGGCUGCAGCCCAAGAGAAGCAGAUGGAAGUGUGUCCUGUAUGUGGAGCAUUCCUUAUAGUAGGAGACGCUCAGCAACGCAUUGACGAUCAUUUAUCAGGAAAACAACAUGUGGGGUAUUUUAAACUUCGUCAAGCUUACGAAGAGAUGAGUGAAGCUCGCGAGAAAGAGCAGCAAGAGAAAGAACGCAAGCGUCGUGAGGAACGAGAGCGGGAGCGUAAUUCCCGUGGCGGCGGUCUUGGGUCUGACCGGCGGGAUAGGGAGCGUAUGGAACGAGACCGGGAGCGCGACCGCGAGAGAGAGCGGGAUAGAGAUAGGGAGCGUCAUCGGUCAAACCGCGACGAGAAGGAUCGCGGUGGGGAGAAGGAUCGUGACCGCGACCGCGAACGGGACCGCGAUCGUGACCGCGAACGGGACCGUGACCGCGAUCGCAAGCAUCGCAAGGAGAGACGGUCGCCACACGAACGUUCCCGCCGGCGCUCCCGCGAUCGCGACCGCCACUAGCAACUGACUGAGGUAUCACAAAAGCGCCUGAAACCGCUUAUUGUAACAUACCAAAAUAAAACUCCGCUAAAUGGCAAACAUAUGGGGAGUAAAUGACCCCGUUGCACUCUCGAUUCGGUUAAUGUCGUCACACCGACGGAAUGGCAGGUAUUUGAUUGGUAUUUUGAAUAGUUGCCGCGAGUUGCUGCGAAAUGUCUUUAUUGGAUCGCUUCAAGACCUUUCUUGUUUAGUAUUCUAAGUAAUAAGAAAGGUUUUUAUGGCUAUCCAAUAAUGCCUUUUCUAACGAGCAGAUCGUCUCGACGUUGUUUUGAGGUAUUUCAACAAGUUUGUUUCGCCGUCGUGAAUGUCGAGUUGCAACAGUCAGCCAUCCGUUGCGGAUCGCUAAAGCGAAUUCAGGUAUUUGUUAGGCCAUGUUUUAUAGGGAAAUAGGGAUAAUCCGUAAGACACAACUUCAUUUAUUCUAAAAUAUAGCUUUCAAAGUGUUGUGUUCUAAAUUAUUUAUAAAGCUACCCUAAGUGAUUAAAUUAUACAAAAAAUAUGACCAAAAAUGGAUCCACAAAAUGUUCCACAAUCUAAUAUCUACUAUUGUCUGUGUAGUAACAAAAUAACUUGCUGCGUUAUAGUCGUUACAUAUUGCCAUCACAUACAAUGCCAUGUUACGGAGAUGUGAAGGGAGCACCCGUUACGUUCCUUGUAUCGCGAUACAGGAUGCUGUUAUCACAUCAUCUACUGUGUAUUUGCAGGUACCCAAAAUAAAUAUGGCGUCAUGUUUUAUACGUUUUCAUUUUUUUUUUUCCUCCUUAUAUUUAUUUAAGAAGCAGAUAAACUUGAGGCCAUAUUUCCUUAUUUAUGAGCACCCUUUUAACCCCUCUUGGAAUUCAGCUUUCAAUGACUGAGCCUUGAAUUUUGUCAACAAACCAAAUUGGUAAAAAUAAAAGUGAAAUAAAGCCUUGUUAAUUUACAUCUCAGACAUUGCAAGUGUUUCCAAACUAACUGUUAAGUCAAGUUCGCGAUUCUAGCUUGCUCCAUGGACUUUUCAGUUGGCAAAUAGAGGAAGACCAUCGAAGCGACCACUGCUGCAAUGAGGUACUUUUGAAAUUAAACCAUCUGCUUAGAAGACGUCUCAAGAUUGAAGACUCGACAAUGACCAGCGAUUUGAGGUGACUUAGCGUAGCCGCGCGUAUAAUGUUAGCUAUUCCAAUAAAUUCAAUGCAUGUAGUACAUUCUAAUAAGCGGACACUUCUCUUAGACGAUAAUGUGUAACUCGUAGCUACUUCUACAUUGUUUGAUCCCUAGGGAGGUCACUGAUUUUACUGUAAACGAGUUCCUCCUGAGGAGUAAUUCAGGUAUUUAUCACAUUAUUUUAUUUCAUCAUAACAAUGUCAUUGUGAUUGUUUUGAGUGUGAAUUGAAUAGGGGAUUUUGAUGAAUUAAAGAUUUGAAC